GGCAGGGAGCGUCCCUCCGGUCCGGUGUGCGGGCGCCAUGGAGCGCUAUGCAGGCUCCUUGGACGAGGCGGCGGAUGGUGCCCGGCAGCAGGAGCGGCACUACCAGCUGCUGUCGGCGCUGCAGAGCCUGGUAAAGGAGCUGCCCAGGUGCGGGCCGCGGGGCGGGCGGCUGCGGUUGCGGCGGGCCCCGGCCCUGCCCGCGCUCACCACGCCCCCCCCUCUUGCUUGCAGCUCGUUCCAGCAGCGCCUGUCCUACACCACGCUCAGCGACCUGGCCCUGGCGCUCCUCGACGGCACCGUGUUCGAGAUCGUGCAGGGGCUGCUGGAGAUCCAGCACCUCACCGAGAAGAGCCUCUACAACCAGCGCCUGCGGCUGCAGAACGAGCACCGAGUGCUCAGGCAGGCGCUGCGGCAGAAGCACCAGGAGGCCCAGCAGGCCUGCCGGCCCCACAACGUGCCCGUGCUCCAGGCCGCGCAGCAGCGUGAGCAGGAGGCGCUGGAGCACCGGAUCCGUGAGGAGCAGCAGGCCAUGGACCAGAAGAUCAUCCUGGAGCUGGACCGGAAGGUGGCGGACCAGCAGAGCACACUGGAGAAGGCGGGGGUCGCUGGCUUCUACGUGACCACCAACCCGCAGGAGCUGACACUGCAGAUGAACCUGCUGGAGCUCAUCCGGAAGCUGCAGCAGAGGGGCUGCGCGGCAGGGAAGCCAGCCCUGUGACCAGCUGGGGUCCCUGCAGUCACCCCCGCCCAUCCUGGCUGGGAGGCCAGUCCUGUCCCACUGUCACCACGAGUGCAGAAAGCUGAGGAACUCGUCUUCCCGACAUUGGCCACCGCCUGCCUCGGUGCCUGCAGGAAGGGUCGCCUCUGAGGAGAGGCCGGGUGGGCCCUGGCUGUGUCUGCCACCCGCCUUUGUCACAGGUGGUGUUACAUCUAAAGCUAGAGCCGGGAGGUCGGCGGGGCUGGCUGGCUGCCCCAGAGCUGGGCAAGAGGGUGGGGCUAGAGAACCUGGCACCAAGCGCAUCUCGACCUCCGCCAAGCCCCAGGCUUUGUGCUGCUUUCUGGUCUCGGCCCCUUUCUUGGUAGACACAGCCCCCGUGGCCCAAGCUUGUGUGAGCCAGAGAAAUAAAGGUGCCGCAGUGCAGCCUGCAUGUGGCUUGUGUGACAGCUCUGUGGUGUCUGUCAGGACCAGGGCCCCGCUGGGCCCUCACCUGGCAGCCCCACCCUGUGUCACAGAGGCCCCUGCCGGGGGCUGUCCCCAUGCAGUCACAGGCCCACUGCCUUUCCCCUGGGGCACAGGGCGCAGCCGGUCUGCCCCACGGGGCUGGCCGAGGAGGGACACGGCGGCGGCAGCCAUGGGCCUGCUCCUGGUGUGGGUCCCGGGCACAGGGAGCAGGAUGGGUGUGAGGGAAGGGACCAGGGUGGGAAGCACCACGCCCAAUCCGGGGCCUCCUGUCUGUGUUGGUCUGAGCUGGGCCCUGGGUUGUGGAGUUGGAGUCCAGCACCCUGCAUGGCGGGGGGUGCGGUUCAGCCUGGAUGGAAGCCUGGGCCUGGCCCCCAGGGACGCGUGGCUGGGAGAGGCAGGCUGAGGUGAGACUCCCCAGGCCUGAGCCACGCCCUCUCUGCUCACCCACCUGAGGCCCCACAGGAAAGGGCGUGGAGGCUCCCGGCGGCGGCAGUAGUGGUUUAUUGACCAGCCCACCUCCCUCAGCCUGGCUGCCCACCUGGCCGGAAGUGGGCCUUCAGGUCCAAGGUCAGGGGCGUGGGCAGUUCCUGACCUCAGUGGCUCUGUCAGACCGCCUGUGCCUGGGUGCCCACGUCCAGGGGGGAAGCAGCCCUUACAGCCUUGGGUGUGGAGAGGUGAGUCCGUGUGCGGCUGGGCUGUAGUGGCACUGGCCUCGGGGCCCGCCGGACCCCAGCCUGAGGCCUGGGAAACAAGUCGGGCAGGUGGCCGGGGCUAGGCCGGGCGGUAGAAGAGGUUGCCUGUGCAGAGCCUCCGCUUGAGCUCCUGCCACAGCAGCUGCCGCUCCCGCCGGGCGCCCUUCAUGACGCUGUUG